ACCAAGCAGUACGAGAACAUCUCAACAUCCAUUAACUAGCCAGGAAACAUCUACAACGGUGUCGUCAGCCACAGAGCAACAAUCUUCAUCUGCUACAACGAUCACACACACAGGAACAACUGAAAUAGCAUCACUGCCAUCAACGCUCACCACAAAUGGAGUGACAAUGACUACCAACAAUGAUCAUUCAACAACAAUCAGUUCCACCACAAAUACGGAACUGCCACCAAGUUCACACUCUACAUUCCCACCAAUGACAACUCAUUUCACACAAACAUCUCCUGAGCAUGAAACUGAAACAACACCAAGCAGUACGAGAACAUCUCAACAUCCAUUAACUAGCCAGGAAACAUCUACAACAGUGUCGUCAGCCACAGAGCAACAAUCUUCAUCUGCUACAACGAUCACACACACAGGAACAACUGAAAUAGCAUCACUGCCAUCAACGCUCACCACAAAUGGAGUGACAAUGACUACCAACAAUGAUCAUUCAACAACAAUCAGUUCCACCACAAAUACGGAACUGCCACCAAGUUCGCACUCUACAUUCCCACCAAUGACGACUCAUUUCACACAAACGUCUCCUGAGCAUGAAACUGAAACAACACCAAGCAGUACGAGAACAUCUCAACAUCCAUUAACUAGCCAGGAAACAUCUACAAUGGUGUCGUCAGCAACAGAGCAACAAUCUUCAUCUGCUACAACAAUCACACACACAGGAACAACUGAAAUAGCAUCCCCGCCAUCAACACAAACCACAAAUGGAGUGACAAUGACUACCAACAAUGAUCAUUCAACAACAAUCAGUUCCACCACAAAUACGGAACUGCCACCAAGUUCGCACUCUACAUUCCCACCAAUGACAACUCAUUUCACACAAACAUCUCCUGAGCAUGAAACUCAAACAACACCAAGCAGCAUGAGCCAGGAAACAUCUUCAACAAUGAUGUCCUCACCCACAGAGCAACAAUCUUCAUCUUCUUCAACAAUGACACACUCAGGAACAACUAAGUUCUCAACAUCAUUGACCACGAUUUCAAUGCACACAACUCAGACUGUGACUGCCGGCUCCACAAUCACAACUACUGUGAUGACACCUACCUUAUCACCUACAAGUUUUAACCCAAACUCAAAUACCACAGUUACAAUCCGUACACCUUCUACAGUCUCUUCCAGCAUGACACAUUUAACGCAGCCUUCUGCUCCACCCACUAGUGAAGCAACAACAUAUGAGAAAUCAAGUAGCAUUCGACCAACAUCUUCUCCAACUACAACAACUUCAAAGACUUUGACAUCAGCAGAGUCCAUUAGCACAAACACACUAAUGACAGUCAGUCAUUCAACAUCUACCAUUACUCCAGUUUCAAAUGUCACUGUCACUUUGACAUCAUCUACAACUCCUCACUGUGGAGAUAUGGACUGUCCUGGGUGCACUGGUACCUGUGCUUUCAACAAGACACUUGGAAGAUGCAACUGCCGCUGUCAAGAUUUUGUCUUUGGAGAUGUCUGCAGUUUCGGAGAGAAUGAUACUGCUGCUCAUAUUGAUACCGGUGCAAUACCAACCAGAAAAGCAAAUUUUACUUUGGAAUUUAACAUCACUUUUCAGGAUGGUUUUUAUGAUUUAAAUUCAAAUCCAUCAGUGGAAUUCAUCACAACAUUAGAACGGGAGCUCGAAGCCCUAUGCAAAGAAGCAGAUCCACAAAGCUAUAAAAAAGUAGAAGUCAUCAAGUUAUUACCAGGAAGUGUUGUAGCGGAGAGUGUGGCGGAGUACAUCUAUACAAACAAUGAAACUCAAAUCCAGUUUGUCAACAAUCAGCUUGUUGGGGUGUUGAAUGCUAUCUUGAAUAACACAAGAAACCUCAUUAAGAUUUCUCAGGCCUUUCAUAAUGCAAAUGUACAGUUAAAUGCAGUCAACUUCAACCCACCUGUGAUUAAAAAUAUCACAGACCUGAUGCCUUUUGUUAACUGCUCUCAGUUUGCUAAUUACACUGCUGAGAUUAGCAAUGGUGAAUGGCAUUGUGUUGGACCUUGCAAAACAAACCCUGAUUACUGUCAUCAACAUGGAGAAUGUUUCAAUAACAUUUACCAAGGGCCUACCUGUAGGUGCUUUGAGUCUAGCCUGGAGCAGUUUUAUGGGCCACAGUGUGACCUCCUCCGUUGGGGUCCAGGUUUUUAUGGAGCACUGUUUGGAUCAUUAGCAACAGCACUCUUGUUCUUGAUUAUCAUCGUCAUUGCUGUCAUUGUCAGAAAGAGACGUAUGGGUUUUUGGAGAAAAAGUAACUCUUACAACAGAAGACUGUCUGCUUUUGAGGAAGAUUUCUUUGACUUCUCUGUUGCAGGAGAUCACAACUUGGGAUUUGCAGGCUCUUAA